AAAUAUUCCAUGCCCAGCCUAACUGGAAGGAUCUGUUCCCUCCAAGUACCACCUAGAGGGCAUCAGAGGUAGAAGCAGAGAAGAAAUCUGAAAUCUGAAACUGGUACAUGCCCCCCAGCCAAUGGGAAAAGGACUCCAACACUUCCGGACUGAAGCUUAAAAAGUCCAAGCAUUGGUUGUGUAACACAAAGGACUCCAAGUUCAGGAACAACACCCCAUCAACUGCCAGCAGUUGAAAGUUCUACAGAGGAGGUUUCAGCCAUGUGGCUCUACCUGGCUGCCCUGCUGGGGCUUUACUUCCUUCACCGAUGGUACCAGGAGAGACAGACAGUGGAGAACCUGACGGAGAAAUAUGUCUUCAUCACCGGCUGUUCCUCUGGCUUUGGGAACCACCUUGCCAGGCAUCUGGAUGCCCGGGGCCUGCAGGUGUUGGCAACCUGUACCACCCAGAAGGGGGCAGAGCAGCUGGACAAGGUCACCUCAGAGCGCUUGAAAACCACCGUUCUGGAUGUCACCAGUAAGGAGAGUGUGGCGGCAGCGACGGAGUGGGUGAAAGAACAAGUGGGGAACAAAGGGCUCUGGGGUUUGGUGAACAAUGCAGGCACUGGUGCCCCAUCAGCUCCCAGUGAGUGGCUGACCAAAGAUGGCGUUGCAAAGAUGAUCGGUGUCAACUUUCUUGGGAUGAUUGACAUGACGCUACACAUGCUGCCCCUGGUGAGGAGAGCCAGAGGGAGGGUGGUCAACAUGUCCAGUAUAAUGGGACGAUUGGCAUGCUUUUCAGUACCCUAUACCGCAUCCAAGUACAGCGUGGAAGCCUUCUCUGACGUCCUGAGGCGAGAGAUUCAUCCUUUCGGGGUCCGAGUCAGCAUUAUUGAACCCGGUUCUUUCAAAACACCCAUUCAGUCAAACAUGAUAGAGAGCUACAAGAAUGCAUGGAGCCAAGCCCCUUCUGACAUCAAGGAAGCCUAUGGGCAGCGCUACUUUGAGCGCAGUCUCAAAUUAUUGAAAUUCUUCUCCUUCACUGGCAGCAGCAACUUUCAACCGGUCACAGACUCUAUAGAACAUGCCCUGACCUCCUGCUCCCCUCACAUCCGCUACUGUCCAGGAUGGGAUGCCAAACUCUUAUACGUUCCUCUCUCUUACUUGCCAGACUCCAUUUUUGACUUCCUGUGGAGAUGCAUCUGGCCCAAACCAGCACAAGCCGUGUAGAAUAUUCUGAAGAAACAUGUCAGUUCUCCAAGUGAACCAAGGAAGUCUUUGCACUAUUAACGAUGUUCUGUUGUUUCUCUUUUCUGAAGUUCUAAACCAGUGGUUCUGAUACUUUUCUUCCCACGGACCACUUGAGAAUUGCUGAAGCUCUUGCUGGACCACUCAAUCAUUUUGCUACCCGUUGCAGCAACUGCAAUGUGCCAUGAUCUUAUGUGCCCAGUCUUAUUCAACAUCUUUAUCAACGACUUGGAUGAUGGACUCAAGGGCAUCCUGAUCAAAUU